AUGUUCAAAGUUCCAUGCACUCAGGUCCUCGAUCAAGAAGGCAUCGUCUUCGCUGGUGCACGCAUUUCUUCGAAACAGACCAUGAUCAAUAAGCAUAUGCCAGUAGUGUCUCAGGACAGUGCGUCGCCAACGGCUCAAGCUUCGAUCACGGGUGGGCGCUCAAUAGAAUACAAGGAUGUCUCCAUCACCUAUAAGAAUCCUGUUCCAUCGUAUGCGGAACGUGUGUUAUUAACUUACAACGACGAAGAAGCGCAUUUGGUCAAAGUUCUCCUCAGACAAACAAGACGGCCAGAACUGGGAGACAAGUUCUCUUCGCGGCAUGGACAAAAAGGAGUGUGUGGCCUAAUUGCUGCUCAGGAAGAUCUUCCUUUCAAUGACCUCGGCAUGGUGCCAGACAUGAUUAUGAAUCCACAUGGAUAUCCAUCUCGAAUGACUGUGGGAAAAGCUCAUGGAGCUACUCAGCAGCAAGAAUGCGGUUCUAAGUGGACGUUAUCACUACGGUACAGCUUUCGGUGGCGAUCAGUGAUGACGUUUGCUCGGCAAUUCUCGGAUUCGUGUAGUUUUCAGGUUAACGAUGUAUGUAACGAACUGGCAUCGCGAGGGUACAAUUACUUGGGCAAGGACAUGCUUACCAGUGGGAUCACCGGUCAGCAGCUCUCUGCCUACAUCUACUUCGGACCAAUUUACUACCAGAAGCUCAAACAUAUGGUUCAUGAUAAGAUGCAUGCAAGAGCUCGAGGACCGAGGGCUGUGUUAACUAGGCAACCCACAGAAGGCCGUUCUCGUGAAGGAGGUCUUCGUUUGGGUGAAAUGGAACGUGAUUGUCUGAUUGCAUACGGAGCAUCCAUGCUUCUUAUGGAGCGGUUAAUGGUCUCAUCGGAUGAGUUCAAGGUGGAAGUGUGUUCGGACUGCGGCCUCAUAGGAUAUCACGGUUGGUGCCAGAAUUGUCGAUCUAGCAAAUCCUUGGCAAAUAUCAAAAUUCCAUAUGCAUGCAAAUUACUAUUUCAAGAGUUACAGUCGAUGAAUAUUGUGCCGAGACUUGAACUUGCAAGGUACACUCAAUAG